UGCGCUGAUCUUAGGCAUGGCGUCACUGGGAACCUGAGCUCCCCGCGUGAACUUCGCAGAAUUGAUAAUGGCCAAGAACAAAUUAAAAGGGCAAAAGCCCAGAAAUGUAUUUCACAUAGCCAGCCAAAAACCUUUCAAGGUUAAAAACAAGGCAAAACCAGUUACCACUAAUCUUAAGAAGAUAAACAUUAUGAAUGAUGAAAAAGUCAACAGAAUGAACAGAGCUUUUGUAAAUAUACAGAAAGAACUUGCAAACUUUUCAAAAAGCCUUUCUCUUGCUUCUGUGCAGAAAGAACUGAAGCACCGUGAGAGUGAACCAGCUAAUGUUGACGAAGCAACACGACUAAUGGCUCAGUUGUAAUAUAGUGACGAUGUAUCACGUUCCCCAAAGAUCAAUAAAUUGA